UUUAGCCGGUGCUAGGAACGGCCCUGUUCUUUCAUAUUGUCAGCAGUGUAUUUGACACUUUGUUAGCCUUUAUAUUUUACUGUUAACAAAUGCAAUAAACUGUAUAUUAACUGUUAAAAAUAUAUAUAAAAAAUAUUAUUAAAUAAAUCAUGCUUGUUUUAGUAUUAGGAGAUUUGCACAUUCCACACAGAUGCAGUAGCCUUCCAAGCAAAUUUAAGAAAUUAUUGGUGCCUGGCCGAAUACAGCAUAUUUUAUGUACAGGAAAUCUUUGUACUAAAGAAUCGUACGAUUACUUGAAAACCUUGGCCAGUGAUGUGCAUGUUGUUAGAGGGGAUUUUGAUGAGAAUCUAAAUUAUCCAGAACAAAAAGUUGUUACUGUUGGUCAAUUUAGAAUAGGAUUAUCACAUGGUCAUCAAGUUGUACCUUGGGGAGAUCCAGAAUCGUUAGCUUUAAUUCAAAGACAACUAGAUGUUGAUAUUUUAAUAUCAGGUCAUACGCAUAAAUUUGAGGCAUAUGAGCAUGAAAACAAAUUUUAUAUUAAUCCUGGCUCAGCAACAGGAGCAUAUAAUCCCCUUGAUACAUCAGUCAUCCCAUCUUUUGUUCUUAUGGAUAUUCAGAGUUCAACAGUUGUAACUUAUGUAUACCAACUUGUUGGUGAUGAAGUAAAAGUUGAAAGGAUCGAGUACAAAAAGAGUUAAAAGAUAUACAAAGAUUUGAAAAUAUGUGUAUGUACUUUAAGUGAUAUAUAAUAUCCAUUUCAUGAAAUUCUGUAUCAAAAUUCAAUAAUAAUUCAUGUAUAAUUUCUGUCAGGUCUGAUAUGUAUCUGAAUCAGCAUUUAAGCUAAUCUUAUAUAAAACUUUAAAUUGUAUGAUAUAUUAAUUGUAAAUAAAAGAAUAUCAAAUAUAAA